AUGAGCGAGAGGGAGCGAGAGCGAGCGAGGGACAAGAGCGAGAGAGAGCGAGAGCGAGAGCGAGAGAGAGCAAGGGAGCGAGAGGGAGCGAGGGAGGGAGCGAGAGUGAGGGAGCGAGAGCGAAAGAGCGCGAGCGAGAGGGAGUGAGAGGAAGCGAGAGGGAGCGAGGGAGGAGGGAGCGAGAGUGAGCGAGGGAGCGAGCGAGAGCGGGAGCGAGAGAGAGCGAGGGAGCGAGCAAGGGAGCGAGGGAGCGAGAGCGAGCAAGGGAGGGAGCAAGCGCGAGCGAGAGAGAGCAAGCGAGGGAGCAAGGGAGCGAGAGAGCGAGCGGGAGCGAGAGAGAGGGAGCGAGAGGGAGCAAGAGGGAGCGAGCGAGAGCGAGAGAGCAAGAAGCGAGCGAACGAGCGGGAGCGAGAGAGAGGAAGAGAGCGGGAGCGAACGAGGGAGCGAGAGCGAGCGGGAGCAAGAGAGAGCGAGAGAGAGGGAGCGAGAGGGAGCAAGAGGGAGCGAGCGAGAGAGCGAGAGAGAGCAAGAGCGAGCGAGGGAGCGCGAGAGAGAGAAAGCGAGAGCGAGCAAGGGAGCAAGAGAGCGAGGGAGCGAGAGGGAGUGAGAGAGCGAGGGAGCGAGAGGGUGAGGGAGCAAGAGAGCGAGAGCGAGCGAGAGCGAGUGAGGGAGCGAGCGAGGGAGCGAGAGCAAGGAGAGAGGGAGAGUGAGAGAGACAGGGAGAGAGUGAGAGAGCAAAAGAGCAAGUGGGAGAAAGUGGUAGAAAGUGAGAGUGACUGCGCGUGA